UCAAGCAGUAACAAAUCAAAGGAGCCACCAGACUCAUUCAACAAAACCCAUGAAAGUGAGUCUAUGGAAGAACAAAUGAAGACUAAUGAAGAUAGUAAAGAAGAUACUGAAAAUGUGUCAGAUUUCGAUGAAAGUCUUAAAUCCGAAGCCGCGUUUACAGCUAAAAACAAAGAUUUAAAUGGAAGUCAACAAAUUCUGAAUGACGUUACCUUUGAGAAGUCGACCAGUCGGACUAAAGAAACGUCAGGACUUAAAACACAGAAGAACAAUAUUAUAAACUCAGAUUCCCAGCCGGAAUUUACCUCUUGUAAUUCUGAACUACCUCAUAAUUCAUCUGUGAAAGGACCCAAGUUUCCAUUUUCAACAAGAACGUCGUCGCAUGCUUGCGAUCAAGAUGAAAUAGAUCGUCUUAAACAAAUACAAAAUAUUACAACAUCUAAUAGGUUGGUCCUAGCGAAGGAUCUGUCGCCUUUAAAACGAGAAGAUAACAGAGGCAGUCGAACCUCAGAAAAAACUGUUUCCAUCCUAAAACCAGUUUCCAAUAAUAGCAGUUCUAGCGAUUGUGUUUCAGAAUGUCCCGUUUGUAGACAAUCACCACAAGACCAAAAACACUUAUUUCGAAAAUUUGCUUCAGAAGACAAAGGGACAAAGAAAAGAGAAAUGAUACACCAAAAUACUGCUAACUCUGGUAUGUAUGACUGGAAUACAAAUCAAGGGACGUUUCAAAAUCCGGAAAGGGAAGCACCAACAAAAAGAAUACAACUAAACGACACAGCCGUUAGUCUGUGUGGUCAGUGUGGAUUUAACAAGAAAGGUCGAGUGUCCAAGCAGUGUGAGGAAUAUUAUAACAGCCUUCAAGAAGGGAAAAGUCGACAACGACCUAGAGUUUCAGGGGGAUGCACAUAUUGCCAAAAACAACGUAAUCAGGACCUCCAUGCAGAGCACAAGACCAAAAACAUUUCCUGUAAUGGUUGUGGAGUCGGGAACUGUAAACAUUUGUCAAAUAUGAACACGCGAGUUAACUCAGUAAGGUCAAGUUGUAAGAACCAAGGGUAUAAUUCUGGAGGCUCAUCAGUUGGGUUCAUUCGAGAUAUUGAUAGAGAUAUAGUUCAUGACAGCUAUCCUUCUUCUGGCACGUUCCAGUAUCGAUAUCCUUACAUGGAUUCUUGGAAUUCCAAGCAAGGAGUAGAACCAGAAAUACAUAGAUAUGCCAAUGAUUCAAGAGGAACUAUCAAAAGUGAAAAUCAAUGGAGUUUUCCAAUUUCCCAGUGCACGUGUAAUCAUCAUAUUGGUCACUAUGGUCAUCGACGACACAUAACGUUUGCUGAAGACUUGGAGCCGCAAGAAGGACAGUGUAGUGAAAAACUUAAUCCAAUAUUCCAAAAGAGUGGCGUUGGGUUUGAACCCACAGAGCACAUAAUGGAUCCAGAGCCUGUUUUUCUCAGCCCUUCUAGACUCCACGCGGAUUAUGUACGCGGUGUCAAACAUAAAAAAUCACUCCCAGAAGCAGAUGAUUUCCUGGCUUACAGAAAACGUCAGCCGGAUUCUCAGACUCAACAUAUUAAUAAUCCUUUUCAACUAUCCCAGACACAAGACUAUUACAGACACUAUCCAUGGCCUAAUGUCCAAAAUUGGGAGAAUUUUCUGUACAAGCAACGUCUACGAAAACGUAAGAAGCGGGCGAUGUAUAUGGGAGUGAUAGCAAUUGGAAUAAUUGUGGUUGUUGGAAUUGCUGUAGCUAUGGUGCUGGCUGUCCUCAGGCGCAAACAUUCGAACGUUGCCUAGUUACGUUCAGCUCGUAAUAAUG